CUGAUAUUCAAUUAAGUUCCGAGACUGAUGAUUCAACUGUUGUCCCCUCCAAUCGUCUUACAAACGAGACGUUCACGUGGAAGCGUCCGUCACAGCCUUGCGGGCCUGUGCGCAAGCACAGGUGCCUCAGGCUGCGUGGCGUCACAUUCACAACGAUUGUUUACCCUUCACCUCUCAACCCAGGCAACCUUGCAGACAGACAUUACCACGUUCGGAGGUGGCCGCCCGCUCGCACUCAUCCACCUCACUUCCACAUCAUCAUUCUAAGAAGCAACGGUCAUCAACUAUGGCCUCUCCAACCUUCGGCAGCGAUGCCUUAGAAGACAACAUCAAUGACACACCCUCCACCGCCCUUCCCUCGCGCCCGAACAAACGCAAGGCCACAAACAAUGAAGAAUCUGACGAUGACCAGCAAGCAUCCACGCCCAAGAAAGCCAAACUUCAACGUCGCAGAAACUCCAAAAUCGCCCGCAUCCUCCCCAUCGCCGAAUCCUACGAAGAAGCCGCCGAGCACGACAAAAUGCUCUUCGACCAGCGCGAAGCAGGCAAAGCCUGGCCCCUCAUCCGCGCCGAAUGGACCCGUCUGACAGGCGAAGAAGUGAAAUCGUCGACGCUGCCUAAUCGCUACAUACGCCUGAAAGCAAACUUCACCCAGCUCCCCCGCGAAGACCAGGCGCUCCUCAUCGCCAGCAAGCAAGAAGUCGAAGACGACUGGGACGAGAAGAAGUGGGGCUUCAUCGCGACGCGCAUGCGGGAGAAGAGCGAGGCGCGCGCCCGCGAGUUGGAUGGCGGGGCGGAGGAUGUGGCUAUGGCGGAGGCGGCGGUGCAGUAUGCGCCCGAGACGCUGUGCGUGCAGUAUCGGCAUUUGAUGCAGAAUGCGGAGAACUUGCCUGCGGCGAGGGAGGCGGCGGGCCGGCGCAAUCGGUGGGAGGAGCGGGUGUUGCGGAUUGUGGAUGGGGUUGAGGAGGAGGAGAGUGAUUAGGUGGGGUUCUUGAGGGGUGAGGGGAUGCGUGGGAUUCUAAGGAAGGUUGAGUUUGGUUUCUGUGUCUGCUAUGGAAGUACAGACAGCUAGCUGGGGUGAUUGGGACCAGCCAGACCAGGGUAUCGUAAAGGAAGCACCUGUUGCACGAUGGAGUGCAUUCCA